AUGAGAACAGAGAAGCCUAAAACAAUAAGUCAGAGCAGAUCAGAGGACAGUAGAGUCCUCAUCAAGUACUCAUUCAUUAUGGAAACUUUUGUUUCUAAACUUUUCAAUCCUGUUUGAUGUAAAGUUCUUAAAGGUCACAUGGCAUGAAAUCUCCGAUCUUGAAAUGUUCCCUUAUGUCGUCAUAAGAUAUUAUAUUGGAUAUUACUUCAGUCAAGCACGAGGAUGUAAAUCAUUUCACCACUACACGAUGGAAUACCUACAGGACAAGCCUACAAAAGUGGCUCGGGUUGCAGGGUGAGUCUCGGGACGUGGCUGAGAACUUCAGACACUGUGUUGAUGUGGAGUUCGACAAUAUUCCCGAGGAUGCUGGCUUCCAUCACACGUUGGAUAUUACUUCAGUCAAGCACGAGGAUGUAAAUCAUUUCACCACUACACGAUGGAAUACCUACAGGACAAGCCUACAAAAGUGGCUCGGGUUGCAGGGUGAGUCUCGGGACGUGGCUGAGAACUUCAGACACUGUGUUGAUGUGGAGUUCGACAAUAUUCCCGAGGAUGCUGGCUUCCAUCACACGUGCUACCGUAGAUUUACUGACUAAAACGCCAUCGCAAAGGUGGAAAGACGUCUCGCACAUGAGAGACAAGAAGCUACCGAAGACCAAGAGGCCAUUUCAUCGACUUCCAGCACCACCAGUCCAACAAAGAAACUGCGAUCCAGGUCAGGGAUGCCAAUUGCAGGCUCUGGCCCCAUCCUUCCUGCCCUGUGCAUAAUUUGCCAAAAAAACUUGAAAUGUAUCAACCGAGCAGGCAAACGACAAAGGGAUCCUCUGUCAAAGGCUGAAAUAUUAACAGCAGGCCAAUUGCAAAAAGCUGCCGAGUUGAAGGAAGACCAACGUAUUCUGAUACAAAUAAAAGACAAAGCCUGUGCGGCUAUGGAGGUGCAGUACCACAAAGGCUGUUACAAGCAGUACACCAGGUUUUUGACGAGGCCUGAAAAACCAGAGAAAGAACAGAAUGAGUUCAUGUUUGAUGUCAGCUAUAAGAUAUUCUGUGAGAGGAUCAUUCGCCAAAGGCUGCUUGUCAACAAAGAAGUGCUGAGAAUGGGCCAGCUGAGGAAGGCCUUCAUUGAACUGGUGAAAGCAAAUGAAGGUCUUGAUGCUUCAAACUACAGACAUGUAUCAGUUGGCAACAAGGCUGUGCUGGUGUUUCACAUCCCCACCAAGCGCAACAUCAGCGAGCUGGUUUUUGCAGAGACUCUGUCAACAGAUACACUCCUGGACAUGCUACCUUCAGGUGUGGAAACCACACAGUCUAGUGAGUUGAGCCAGACAGAAAGCAAAAAUGAAAAAGGGACAACCAAGGCCGUAAGCAGUCCUUGA